UUUCCCGCUGUUCCCAUCCGUUCCCGGUGUUUUGUUCCCGGUUUCCCAUCCGUUCCCGGUUUUUCCCGGUUUUCCCCGCUGUUCCCGGCCGCAGCCGCGGGCGGAGCCGCCCCCGGGGCCGCCCCCGGAGCCGCCGCCGCCGCCGCAGCGCCAUGUACGUUCUGCCCCGAUUUCCGGUCCCUUUUCCCGAUCUCUCCGGUUCUGUCCCCGUUUCGCGCAGGGCUCUGCGGCUGCUGCGGGGCGCUGCGGCCGCGCUACAAACGCCUCGUGGACAGCAUCUACCCCGAGGACCCCGAGGAGGGCCUGGUGAAGUCCAACAUGGAGAAGCUGACGUUCUACGCGCUCUCGGCGCCGGAGAAGCUCGACCGCAUCGGCGCCUACCUGUCCGAGCGCCUGACGCGCGACGUCGGCCGCCACCGCUACGGGUCGGUGCGGGUGGCGAUGGAGGCGCUGGACCAGCUGCUGCUGGCGUGCCACUGCCAGAGCAUCAACCUGUUCGUGGAGAGCUUCCUGACCAUGGUGGCCAAGCUGCUCGAGUCCGACAAGCCCGACCUGCAGAUCCUGGGCACCAACUCCUUUGUGAAGUUUGCCAACAUUGAGGAGGACACGCCCUCGUACCACCGCAGCUACGACUUCUUCGUGUCGCGCUUCAGCGAGAUGUGCCACUCCGCGCACGGCGACCCCGACGUGCGCGACAGGAUCCGGAUGUCGGGGAUCAGGGGGCUGCAGGGCGUGGUGCGCAAGACGGUGAACGACGAGCUGCAGGCCAACAUCUGGGAGCCGCAGCACAUGGACAAGAUCGUGCCCUCGCUGCUCUUCAACCUGCAGCAGGCCGGCAGCGCCGAGAGCCGCUCCCCGUCUCCGCUGCAGGCGCCGGCGCAGGAGGCGCAGGAGAGCCCCGGGGAGCUGGCGGAGCGCUGCCUGCGCGAGCUGCUGGCCCGCGCCGCCUUCGGCAACAUCAAGAACGCCCUGCGGCCCGUCCUCGUGCACCUGGACAGCCACGCGCUGUGGGAGCCGCAGGUGUUCGCCCGCGGCUGCUUCCGGAUCAUCAUGUUCUCCAUCCAGCCCCAGCACUCGCACCUGGUGAUCCAGCAGCUCCUGAGCCACCUGGACGCCAACAGCCGCAGCGCCGCGCCCGUGCGCGCCGGCAUCGUGGCCGUGCUCUCCGAGGCCGCCGCCAUCGCCGCCACCGGAGCCGUCGGCCCCACGGUGCUGGAGGUGUUCAACACCCUCCUGCGGCAGCUGCGCCUCAGCAUCGACCUCGCCCUGGCCGGGAAUUCCGGGAAUUCCGGAGCCGCCAAUUCCCAAAAAUCCCGGCAGCUCGAGGAGACCAAAUUCCAGGAGGCCGUCAUCAAAACCAUCGGCUCGUUCUCGGGCACGCUGCCGCCGUACCAGCAGUCGGAGGUGAUGGUGUUCAUCAUGAACAAGGUGCCCAUCCCCGACCAUUCCCGGCAUUCCCGGCACUCCCGGCAUUCCCUGGAGCCGCCAUCGGAGCCUGACGGGCAGGAGAACCGGAACCGCCUGACGCAGAUCAUGCUCCUCAAGUCCCUGCUCCAGGUUUCGGCAGGUUUCCAGUGCAGCAGCCUGCUGACGGCGCUGCCCGGCGCCUUCCUGGAGCGGCUGCUGUCGCCCGCGCUCCUCCCCGACCCCGAAAUCCAGAUUUUCGUCCUGGAAAUCCUCUGCAGCUUCAUCGACCGCCGCGGCCUCCGCCAGCGCCUCUGCCCCAGCAGUUCCAUCGCUGACGUCUCGCUGCUGAAGCUGAAGGUGGAGAAAUGUUCCCGCCAGGAUUCCGUCUUCAUGAAAAAGCACGGCGCGGCGCUGCUGUGCCACGCGUUCCGGCUGUGCCGCCUGGGCGCCCCUUCCCGGGGCCACUUCCGGGCCCUGUUCCGGCUGCUGGCGCUGCUGGGGCUGGAGCUGGGCACCGACGACGUCAUCACCGACCUGCUGCGCCUCGCCCUCGCCCUGCAGGACCUGGCUCAGGAGGAGCCGCAGCUGCCGCCGCUGUCGCGCUGCGCGCUGCCCGCGCUCGGAGCCGCCCUGCUGCUCUUCCUGGGGCACCUGCUGGCCAUUCCCGCCUUCCUGCAGCACGUCCAGGAGGUGAUCGAGGCCCGGCAGCGCUCGGCUCCGUUCCUGCUGCCCGAGGAGGCGCUCGGGGAGGACUCCAGCGCGGCGCCGUUCCCGGCGCUGCCGGAGCCGGGCUCGGACCUUUGGUUCCUGCAGAGCAAAAUCAGCGAAAUCCUCGGCGGCGCCGGCGCCGGCUACAGCAGCGAGCGCCUGGCCGCCAAGUUCUGCCCCCAGAGCGGCGAGGAGGAUCGCUUGUCCAAGCGGAAAAGCAUCGGCGAGACGAUUUCCCUGCAGGUGGAGGUGGAGUCCCGCAACAGCCCCGAGAGGGAGCAGCGAGCCCCGGCCGAGGAGAUCACGUACGAGACGCUGAAAAAAGCCAUCGCGGACAGCGUGGCGGCGGAGGAGCAGGAGCGGGAGCGGCGCCGGCUCCUGGUGCAGAAGUUCCAGAAGGCUCCGUUCGAGGAGAUCGCCGCCCACUGCGGCGCCAGGGCGUCGCUGCUGCAGAGCAAACUCAACCAGAUCCUGCAGAUCAACGUGCGGCCGCCCCCGAGUCCUUCCGGCGCCGUCUCGGCCGUGCUGGGCCCGCCCCAAUCCCAAUCCCAAUCCCAAUCCCAAUCCCAACAAUCCCAAUCCCAAUCCCAGAGUGAUUUAGGGAACACUGGGAAUGCAGGAGGAAAAGGGAGAAGAGGAGCAAUGGGGUGCCCCUGAUCCCACAGUUUGGGG